AUGCCAUCCCCCUUGCUUCUCGUCGUCUUCGUUGUCGAGGCGGCGGUUCGCCUCAUCAAUGCCAUCGGAGCCGCAAGGAUCAACGAAUUCCUCUGGACGGCGAUAAACUACCUCCCGGUUCCCACCUCCAAGGCCGCGGCCGAGCAACGGAAACUACAAGCCGACUACCUCAAAGUACGAUCCGAGCUGAACGCAACCAGCAGCCAGGAUCAGUUUGCGAAAUGGGCCAAGCUCCGUCGACAGCACGACAAGUUGCUCGAGCAGCUUGAGGCCAAGAAGAAGAGCCUGGAGGGCUCCCGAUCCAAGUUCGACAACGUCUUCAGCGCUCUUCGGCUGGUCUUGACAAAGGCGCCACAGUUCAUCAUUCCGUUCUGGUAUGCCACGGAGCCCAUGUUCUGGCUUCCUCAUGGCUGGUUCCCAUACUACGCCGAAUGGAUCAUCUCGUUCCCUCGCGCGCCCCUCGGGAGUGUCAGCAUCGCCUCGUGGCAGCUUGCCUGCACCGGCUUGCUGACCCUCAUCAGCGACCUGAUUACGGGCAUCUAUGGCCUCGUGUACAGCACAAGUGCUGCACAGGCAGCCCCGACGACCAAGGAAAAGUCGGGUGCAAAGAAGGAAAAGCCUGUUGAGAGCCAGAAGGAGAAAUAG